AAUCUCAGUCCUGCCUGGUGCCACCAAAGAAGUUUUUGAGCCAUGUGGACUUUUCUUGGCAUUGCCACGUUCACCUAUUUUUAUAAGAAAUGCGGGGACUUCAUCACCCUGGCCAACAAGGAGCUCCUGCUGUGCGUGCUGGUGUUCCUGUCGCUGGGCCUGGUGCUCUCCUAUCGCUGUCGCCACCGGAGCGCGGGCCCCCUGGGGCGCCAGCAGAGCGGCUCCCAUUUUGCCGCCUUCUCGGAUAUUCUCUCGGCUUUGCCUCUAAUUGGCUUCUUCUGGGCUAAGGGACCCCCUGAGUCAGAAAAGAAAGAGAAGCUGGAGUCCAAGAGGUGCAGAAAAGGAAUCAAUAUUUCAGAAACAACAUUAACAGGAGCAGCUACCUCUACAUCAACAUCUUCUCUAAAUGAUCCAGAAAUUAUCAUCGUGGGAUCUGGUGUACUUGGCUCUGCUUUGGCAACGGUGCUUUCCAGAGAUGGAAGAAAGGUAACAGUAAUUGAGAGAGAUUUAAAAGAGCCUGACAGGAUAGUCGGAGAACUUCUGCAGCCUGGGGGUUACCAUGUUCUUAAAGAACUUGGCCUUGAAGAUACAGUAGAAGGUUUUAAUGCCUGUCUUAUUCAUGGCUACAUAAUUCAUGAUCAUGAAAGCAAAUCUGAAGUUCAGAUUCCUUACCCGCUGUCAGAAAACAACCAAGUGCAGAGUGGAAUUGCUUUCCAUCAUGGAAAAUUCAUCAUGGGUCUCCGAAAAGCAGCUAUGGCGGAGCCCAAUGUGAAGUUUAUAGAAGGUGUUGUGCUACAGUUACUGGAGGAAGAUGACGCUGUGAUGGGAGUUCAAUAUAAGGAUAAAGAGACUGGAGAUAUCAAGGAGCUCCAUGCCCCAUUGACUAUUGUUGCAGAUGGCCUUUUCUCCAAGUUCAGGAAAAACCUGAUCUCCAGUAAAGUUUCUGUUUCAUCUCAUUUUGUUGGCUUCCUUAUGAAGAAUGCACCACAGUUUAAAGCCAAUUUUGCUGAACUUGUUUUAGUUAAUCCAAGUCCAGUUCUCUUCUAUCAGAUUUCAGCUAAUGAAACUCGGGUACUUGUUGAUAUUCGUGGAGAGAUGCCAAGGAAUUUAAGGGAAUACAUAGCUGAACAAAUUUACCCACAAAUACCUGACCACCUGAAAGAAUCAUUCCUAGAAGCCUCUCAGAAUUCUCGUUUGAGGUCCAUGCCAGCGAGCUUUCUUCCUCCUUCACCAGUGAACAAACGAGGUGUUCUUCUCUUGGGAGAUGCAUAUAAUUUGAGGCAUCCUCUUACUGGUGGAGGAAUGACUGUUGCUUUAAAAGAUGUAAAAUUAUGGAGGAACUUGUUAAAGAGUAUUCCUGACCUUUAUGAUGAUGCUGCUAUUUCCCAGGCCAAAAAAUCGUUCUAUUGGUCAAGAAAAAGGACUCAUUCCUUUGUUGUGAAUGUCUUGGCUCAGGCUCUUUAUGAAUUAUUUUCUGCUACAGAUGAUUCCCUACAUCAGCUUCGGAAAGCUUGCUUUUCUUACUUCAAACUUGGUGGAGAAUGUAUUACUGGUCCUGUUGGUCUGAUUUCUAUACUGUCUCCUCAUCCUCUAGUUUUGAUUCGACACUUCUUUGCUGUUGCAAUCUAUGCUAUGUAUUUUUGUUUUAAAUCAGAACCAUGGGUUACAAAACCCCGAGCCCUGUUCAGUAGUGGUGCUGUAUUGUACAAAGCGUGUUCUGUAAUAUUUCCUCUCAUUUAUUUAGAAAUGAAGUAUCUGGUUCAUUAGGUUAAAGGGGAACCACUUGGAUGUCAGCAAGUCGCCAGAGAUGUUUGAAGAGGAUGUAGAGCAUAGUACUGUACUAUUCUAAGUGGAGAGUCACGGACCAAGCUUGGGGUUACUUUGUUUUUGAAGUUUUUUGUGUAUAAGCAUGUAAAUAUAUGCCUUAAUUUACAAUAUAAAAUGAAGGGUAAAAUAAGCUAGAUAUUUAAGAGAUGUUUGUUACCACAAAUUACGUGCUAACAUUGAAGUUCUUUGAUUUCAGUAUUUGAGGUGAUUCAUUGGAAUAAGAGAAUAAAAUGAAGCCUGAGUGCUCCUGG